UGCAACGUACUCGACACGAGCUGAGAUAAUCAUGCACUAUUUAAAUCCAGAAACUCGCUCAUUAGAAUAUGACACCACACAGGCUAUUUGUGACGCUACUGCUGGAAAUGUGAUAGAUAAAUUAUUUAUUGAUUUUCCAUCACUUAAAGAAAUUACUGAGUGUUCAUCUAACGUGUGCCUUAAUAAAUCUUACAUGAAUUAUAAUUUUAUAACAUUUCAAACUGACAUAGAAACAAACAUAAGUCAACUUCAGCAGUAUUUGAAUGACCGCACGAGUAUUAAAGAACACCAAAAAUGUUCAAAUGAAAAGUGUGAUGGAAUAAAAAAAACAAAAUUUUUAAUUUCACCAAUGCACCUAUUCAUUGACGUUUUAUUUUGGGAAGGAGAAGACAUGAUUUCAAGUCAGCGAAGCAGUGAAGCUGCUACACUAAUGAAAUUGAAACUGUGUGAUAUUCCUCAAAUACUUACACACAGUACGAAAAAUUAUGAACUGAGGGGUGUACUAUGUUUUUACAAAGGAAAAGGUGGUUUAAGAAGCUCAGUGGGACACUAUACGGCAUACACAAAAAGAUAUGGCCGAAACUGGGAGUUGUUUGACGACUUAAAAAAAAAACCAAUACCUGUCAAAGAAACGACAACUGUAAAUUGUGAAUUUUUGGUUUAUACUGUAUAAUUACUUAAUAUUAAAAAUUAUUAUAAGAUUUAUAUGUUAAAUUAGUUGAAAAGACAAGAUCUCUUUUAAUCUUAUUUGACUCUUAUCAUUCAUUGUCACAUUUAAGUGUACAUUUUUUCUAUCAGUUAAAUUAUAUUAUACAUACAAUUUUAUUAUAUAUAAUAUAAAACAUAUACUAAAUCUAAAUUGAUUUACAGGUUGACGACUAUUAACAAUACUGAUCAUGAAAAAUAACGGAAAGUAAAAAAAUUAGCAAUCCUAGUAAUAUCCAAUAAGGUAUAAAUUUCUUAAAAAAAAAAUGAAUAAAAGGUCGUAGUUAUUGGAUGUAUAAAUUUAGGCUAGUUAGUAGUUAUAAAGUAUAUCUACAUUAAGUUCCCGUCACCACUGCUUUGGGAUGAGAGCGGGCAAAUGGGUGACUCUCCGCUGUACAAUAAGUCACAAGUGACCAGUGAGUCGCUGUAAUGGAUGGUAUUACUUAAAUUUGAAUUCAAUGAUAUUACUUAUAUCAUUGUACAAGAAAAACGAUUUAGAGCGGAGACGGUUUGUAGGGAAUUGAAUAUUUUAUAUUAUAUUUUUAAAUACUGUUUGCAUUAAUACGAUAGCCAGUAGGUCGAUUUAAUAUUAUUUGCAUAGGUAUUAUCAUAUUUGUAUAAUACAACAAUAUACUUAAGAAAUUUCGAGUACCAAUGAAUAAUAUUU